CAUUAUAAGAAGGCUGCGCGGCGGCGAAGGCAGGACCGUCGUGCCCGCGCUGCCCAGGCUGUUUGCUUUUUCUCGCGCGCCGUCUCUCUCUCUCUCUCCCUCCGCCAUCGCCAUGCAGCCCUUGCGCUUCGCCGCCUCGCUCCUCCUGGCGCUGCUCCUGGUCUCAGCCACCACGGGGGAAUCGGUGAGAGAAACAGAGACUAUGGACCCACAGUUGUACGCUGAGGAGUUUUCUUCUGGAGAUUUGCCAGAUGAUGAGGACUCGAGGACUGACUUCAUCAUCGAUGAUGAAGACGAAAGCUCAGGUUCAGGAGAUAGCGAAGGCUAUUCAGAUACUGAGAAUGUUUUGCGCUCAAACACGGACAGUUCUUCAGUAUUCAAAGACAACUAUAUUCCUGAUUCCAAACCAGAGAUCAAGGAUAAGAUUGACCCUAUGAGAGACAAUGAGAUUAUUGUUCCAAAAAAAGCUGCACCCCCUGGAGCAGAAGACCUGAACAAUGAGAUCUCAUUGGCCAGUACAGCCAAUGGCAGCAUUCUUGAGAGGACAGAAGUUCUUGCAGCUCUCAUUGCAGGUGGAGCAGUUGGGUUGUUGUUUGCCGUCUUCCUGAUUCUUCUCCUGGUUUAUCGCAUGAAGAAAAAGGACGAGGGCAGUUAUGACCUUGGCAAGAAACCAAUCUACAAGAAAGCGCCUACAAAUGAAUUCUAUGCCUAAGGCUUGCCAACGCCACAAUAAUCCACUUGGGAGUCAGAAGCGUACUUUGUUUGUUUUUUUCCUCUUGUUUUUUGGUUGUUGUUUUUUAAGCAUUUGGACCAUGGACAAAAAAAAGCUCUGAAACAAAUGCACUCUUGGAUUGAAUGUCAAAAUGAUUUUUAAAAAAUCUUCCUUUGUGACCCUUCCCAAUAACUAAUGAGGAUGCGGAGUAAAAAGGCAUAGUUGUGGAAGGGAGCCCAUGUGGGGGUAUGCCUGUGUUCUAAAACGCAAAGCAAACUUGCCAAAUUAUAUAUUUGGUUGAAUAGAGGGGAGGAGGGUUAUACAUUUGCAUCCGGUUAUAGUGCUUCAACUUGCCUUGUUUUGUAGAAGGUUUAAACUCUUGACUGUAAGCUUGUCCUUUAGCAGGUCAGCCAAUGGAAGUCAUGUUUCUUUUUUAAUUAGGAGCUUAUUUGUGAAAUGUCCUACACUACAGUGUAAAUCAGUCUUAGAAGCUCUGUGGAGCUUAGCAUCACUAUCUAAAUUUGUGUCUUAGUAUGAGAAAUGGCUACAUGCAAUGGAUUGCUUCUUUUGUGGAAAGGAGCUCGGUAGCCUCCAAAAGCAAAACAUUGCUGGGAGAAGCUCUCCCAUAGUCACAUGGAGUUUUAAUUGAAGACACAUAUUUUUAUUGUUUGAAUGAUGAAACCCUCUUUUUAAAAUCAAACUGAAACAUAGCCUGCCUAUACGAGUUUCUAGGAAAGAGUCCUACAUUUAUGUUUUUCUCAUAAGGCUGAAUUUUUAAUUCCUUGUUUCCUCUUGUUGGGCUUCUCCGUAGAUGACUGGCAUUUCGUAUCACCCAUUAUUGCCUGAACUCCAACAGCAAUUACAGUGUGUUACAGCUUUCUAAGCUCAUAUCAUAGGUUACUUUAGAGAUCUGAGAAGAAAAUAUUUAUGUUUUUUCCAGAAUAAAAAGCAAAGAUGUGUUUGAUUUUUUAAAAAAAAAAUAGAACUAUUUAUAGUUUCUAAGAUGGCUGCUCCGUUUUUUGGUAACUCUUCUUUUUUAUAUGUAAAACACUAAUAUAAUGAAACCUCCUAAUGAUUGUGAAAACUAUUUAAGCUUUAUUCUUUGUAUUAUACCCUUAAAGCAAUAACCUCUGCUAGAAUUAAUGUUUAUAUGCAAAAAAAAUCAGAUUUCUUUGAACAUGACUAAAAUAUAAGGGGGGAAGGGGGAAUGUUUUUUUAGCUUUGUAAUAUAUUAUCAGUGCUAUAGAGCUUUAUUUUUUCAGUAAAGUGCACAAUUUUUAUAAACAUACUGGAAUGGAUUUUGUGCAGCCUUCUUACAUGGGUGAUGGGUUACCUGCUUUGACUUGGGGAGUUACCGGUACUUUAAUGUCUUCAUAUUCUUAAUGGAGUCCUCAUUUAGUGCUAACUGUUGGCACCUGAGUAAGUCAGCUAGGUGAGUUGAGGUCUAAGCUUUUGCCCUUGGCUUUCCUGCAAACAGAGGUUGAGUUCACCUACCCGGAACUUGGGUGCAGUGUGGUAGCAUGCUUUGUUUAGCUGCUUUCCAGCUGUAGCUCUUCUGGCCAGCUCAGGGGGUAACCCAGAGAACAUCCUUUGAAAGCACCUGGUACGAACAGUGACUUUUCUCUGAAGUUGUCUUGCCAUUUUUAGGCAAACACAUAGAGACUCUGGUACUCUAGCAAGUCCUCGUUCUAGCUUUAGAACCAUAAGCUUUCAGAAUUCUGAAUAUCAUGUUCCUCUUUCUCUUCUGGAGAAGUUGUCUUUUGGUAUCAGUCCCUCCCAAAAGAACCAGCUGGCUGUAUUCGAUAUGCAAUAUUGGCAUAUUCAGGGGAGGGAUCUUUAUUCAUCCAUGACUAUAUCAGAAUAGUACAUAAUUACAUUAAUGGUGCUGCAUAAAAAGACAGCGGGAAGUGUAAAACUGGUACAUGAGAUCUGAGUUCAAGUCCUCAUUCAUAGAGUGUGGAUGCAGCUCAGUGCUUUUAUGAGACUAUCAUUCAAAAUCCUGCUUUAGUGCAGUAUUAGACGAUCAGUUUGUGUAUAUUUGUUAAUUUCAGUUAUCUCAAAAGGUCCCCACUAGUUCUUUGAUGUAAUCAGGUUGCACCAGCAUUGAUGUCUCAUCCUUCCCAAUUUCUUUUUUCUUUUUGAAGGGAAUUGCCCAUACAACAGAGCAUGUGAAUGCGUUGUAUUUAUCUUGCCAUGUAUGGGAAUAAGAACAGCAUUGCACAAGCCAUCUGUAAUCACACAGAACCUGACAUAACCUUGCACUUUUAUCUGUUUGCAGCUUUUGAGCUGUAGCUUCUGAAAACCUUAAAUAGUCUUAACACAUGAGUUCCUUGCCCUCGUGUUAAUAAAAGGUCCAUCAGUGCUCUUUACCAGUACUCAGAGCACCAUAUAAUCGGUCUUCCAGUUUUUCGUUUGAGAAUGAAUUCAUAUUGUGAUUUUUAUCACAUCCUUCUGGGAUUGCUACAGUGAACAUAUGGGUAAAGUUAUGUCUGUGGAAAAGAUUCCACUCUGGUAUAAGCACAAGUCCUUUAAAACUUUGCUUCUGGAACUGUUUAGUUUGGCAUGGAGGACCGGGGAGGAGUAUGUACUUAACACUUUUCUAUAACUAUUGCUUGGAAAACAUGAAUCCCAUGUCUGCCUCUGAUUGCUUGGAUUAUAUUUCUUGUAUAGUUGCUUUUGUUUUCACUGUCACUGAUUUGAUAAAAUAAACUGGUACUUUCUAAAA